ACGGAAUUUUCAAAUCGUAUUGUAGCAACAGCCGUGUGGGUAGAGAGCUGUCAAAACAAGAACCGAGAGCCGCACACGGUUAUCUCAAACAUCAACACAGCUGAAGCCAUGAGAACAAGUGAGUUUGACUCGUCCUCUGAAGAGGAGGAGGUUGGAGAGGAGGAACGGACUCCUCUAAACAUCUCCUGGUUGCCUCUGUCCAUAGUGGAAUGCUCCCAGUUUGUAGGGAUUUGUGCGUUACCAGGCUGCCGAUUCAAAGACAUCCGCAGAAGUCUGCAAGGAGACAUCGACAAUCUACAGAACCAGGGAGUGCAGGAUGUGUUUGUGUUCUGCACCAGAGGAGAACUUCAGAAGUACAGGGUUCCAUCCUUGCUGGAGGUCUACGAGCAGCGAGGCUUCACCGUUCACCACAUGCCGUUCCCAGACGGAGACACUCCUGAGCUGGAGCAAUGUUCCCAAAUCCUCAAGGAACUUCAGCUCAACCUACAGAACAACAGGAGGACUGUGAUCCACUGUUAUGGAGGUUUGGGACGCUCGGCAUUGAUCAUCGCCUGUCUGCUGCUUCAUCUCUCCUCAACACUGACGCCAAACGAAGCCAUCGAGUUCCUGAGACAGCACAGAGGAGGAGGAGCCAUACAAACCAUAAAGCAAUACAACUUCGUCCAUGAGUUCCGUGAGAGAUUUACAGCCUACCAAGAACACAGCGGAGCAUCCACAGAGCGCUCGGUGUCCCGGUGAUUACUGAACGCCUCUUCAAAUCAGUGCUGAAAAUAUUCUCUUCUAUAGACUUGUUCAUGUGCCAGUGAUUCUCUUCAGAUUGUAUCAUAAUCGUGUUCUCUGACUGCACUUUAUAAAACUGCUCUAAUAUAUUUUAUUCUCGCUG